AUGCAGCAAUCUCUAGCACGAACAUACAAUCAGCUGCAAUACUUCAAAGUCCAGAGCCUGCGAGGCCCGACAGUUUUAAUCUGUGUGCUUGCCAAUCGAAAGAGCCGUUUGGUCGGCUCGGGAGCCAAGUUCGAGGCUCGGGCGGGGCUUGGGGCGCCAUGGCGCACAAGUCCAACCCCUACAAGAAGGCACGCUCGAAGUUCCGCUGGAAGUGGAAGAAGAAGCGCACGCGCCGCUUGCAGAAGAAGCGCCGAAAGAUGCGCCAGCGCUCGAAGUGAGGAGGCGACAAAGGGCCAAUGGUAG